AUGCAAUCUGAUUUUUCAUUUCUGCAACAAAAUUUACACACCAAUUCUUCCCUAUAUAAACCAGCUCUCAAUGUCUCCUCAGAACCAGUUGGCUUCAAAAACUGUUCUUCCAGUGCCAGUGUUACUAGCCCAGACAUGUUGGAAGAGUCUCCUCGCAAUGACGUUCAAGAAGAGGCUUUAAGUUCCAAAGAAAUCAUUGAUCAUAGCCAAUUCAACGAAGGGGUGAAUAAUCAUAAGUCGAACUUGUCAGACUCCGUUACGGCAAGUUUUCCUCCAAGGCUGUCAGGGUCAUUGAAGAAUCCACAUCCACCUCCACCUGUGGAUGAGGAAAAGGAGCGUCGGUAUGGCUGCAAGUACUGUAACAAGAAGUUCUCAAACAAGCAAGCUUUAGGCGGGCACCAGAAUGCGCACACACUUGAACGCACCAUUGAAAAAAAUAUCCAGGAAGGGCAGAUGGCUAACUUCGGAUACCUGCCUCGUAAUAAAUUCACUGGUUCUUUGUUCAACAGAUCUCAGGAAUUUUUCAGCAGGGCUAUGAUGCGAAUGCCUUAUUUAGCUCAACAGGGCACCAUGCAUUAUCGAAUGAUGCCUCGUACACUCCCAGGGAUUAACAAAGAUUACCCUGGAUGGCUGAGGCCUGUGCCUGGAAAUGUUACCCAAUUUAUGGAAUGUCCCGGCUCUUCGUGCCUGGAAAAUCGCCCUCUAGGCCAUUUUUCGACUCCUAGGCCUGUUCCCAACAGGAACUUUCUAGGAGACAGUGGCAAUGUGCAGAUGAAUGGUCUAGAGACCCAGGGUGUUCAAGACCACUCGGGCCUCGAUUUAACUCUCAGGCUUUAA